AUUGUUUCGAGUCUUAUCUUAUCGAAUUCCGCGUAUGUUACCAAAUUGGUCUAGCCUCCUAUCUCAAAGCCCAUGAUUGGCUUGAUUCAUCGUAAGUGGGACCCGAAUCAUUCGAGACUUUUUGUUCUCCCAGAAAUUUUGGAUUCAGGUAACGCGACCGCUUUACAGAUAACUAACUAUCUUUCAAUUGAUGUUGCAGUUGAUCAUUCCUGCAUCUCCUUAUUCACUCCCUUUUCUUUAUAUCACUGUACAGGGUUGUAAAGUCUUUCAACACUUCACCUUGUCCAUCAUUCAUUUUCUCACGGCCCGAACAUGUACGGCGCAGCCCGGCAGGGGCGUCUCGCCAUCAGAGUCCUCCGAUCCUUUCAUGCACCAUUGACAUCCUCUACCCUCACAAGAACCUCGUUUCCUGCUGUUCCCAGCGCUUCAUUCAGACCGAUCCGCAUCAGCCAGUUCAGUUCGUUAUCUCAGCUUCGACAAAAUGCCGUUGCUGCAGAUUUGGGCGCUGAGGACAUUUCCCAUGUCCAGCGCGAAUACACCACUUUUUCACAGCUGGGCGAGAACGGCAUUGUGGAUCAAAGAAUCAUCAACAAUCUGAAGAGGAGGGAGAUCGAGACCAUGACCGAUGUCCAGCGAAUGACAAUCAAUGAGUGUCUAGACGGUACCGAUGUGGUUGCUCAGGCUCGUACCGGUACCGGCAAAACCCUAGCAUUUCUCAUGCCGAUCGUGCAGCGCAUGCUCAAAGACCCUGCUAUUGAAUCCAAAAGACCACACAUCAGUGACACAAGAGCGUUGAUCAUCUCCCCAACCCGAGAGCUGGCCGAGCAGAUCGCCGAAGAAGCCAGGAAACUUGUACACGGAACCAGAUUACAAGUGCAAACGGCAGUCGGCGGAACACAAAAGUCAUAUCACCUGAAGUUGAUGCAACGUAUGGGAUGCCAUAUCUUGGUCGGUACACCCGGCCGUGUGAAUGAUCUCCUGUCAGACAAGUACAGUGGCCUCACCCUGGACAACUGUCAGACCUUUGUGCUCGACGAAGCAGACCGUCUCUUGAAUAUUGGCUUCUCAGAGACCAUCGCUGAAAUCCAGAGCUACAUGCCUUCACCGGAGACCGGCAACCGACAAACACUCAUGUUCUCCGCCACGAUGCCUAGAAGUGUGGUUUCACUCGUCAAACAGAGCAUGAGACCGGACUUUAAAUUUGUCCGAACUGUUGACCCUGCCGAUGCUGCCACUCACGAAACGGUGCCCCAGAACGUUGUCUUUUUGCCCGGCCUUCAAAACCAGAUUCCUGCCAUAGCCGAACUCGCCUACAAGCACAUUAAGGCCAACCAGGAUGACCCAGCUAAUAAUCCUCCGUUCAAAGCCAUCAUAUUCUAUCCUUCGAUCAAUGAAGUCCGACUAGCAUACGAGAUUUUGAGAAACCUCCGCGAACCCGGUCAAAGAGGCGGCUUCUUCGCCCCUCAUCCACUCGAUCCAUGCAAGGUUGUCGAAAUGUCCUCGCAAUUGACCCAGGCCCUCCGAGAACGAAAUACGAAAGAAUUCCGUAACUCGGAGUCAGCCAUCAUGGUCGCCUCCGAUGUCGCCGCUAGGGGUAUGGAUUUCCCAAAUGUUACCCAUGUCAUUCAAGUUGGCCUCCCAAGAGAUACGGAAGACUACGUUCAUCGACUUGGCCGUACCGGGCGUGCAGGCAAGCCCGGACAAGGAUGGCUUUUGUUGCAAGAUGACGAGCGCAAUGCAUUCCGACACCUCGUCAACGAAAUCCACGCACAGAACAUCAAUCAGAACACCAGUCUAGAGACGGCCCAACUUGACAUGACGCAGCCGUCGCAACUCUCCGCCGAGACCGGCAAGAUUAUGAGAUUCGUCGAGAUGGGUGUCAAGGCCACAUCCAUGGCUGAUAAGGCCAAGACUUACGCUACGCUGUUGAGCGGCAUGGUUCAGAGCCGCGUUAGCAGAUCGAAGCAGCAAAUCGUGGAUAUGGCGAACGACUUGUCCAAGUUCGGUUGGGGCCUGGAACGUCCACCACACCUGACAACCCAAUGGGUUUCCAAGAUGGGCUUUGGCGGUGUGAGGAAUAUCGAAACUCGCGCUGGCACCGAAGAUGACUUUCCGCCUCGAGGACGCGGCGGCGACCGUCGUACAUCAUCGCGGAGAGACAACUUCGAUGAGAACGAUCCUUUUGGCCAAUCCUCCAGCGGCGGCAGGGGUAGUUUCGGCGGAAGAGAGUCAAGAGGCUCUUUUGGCGGCAGAGAGUCGAGAGGUUCGUUUGGCGGCAGAGACUCUCGCGGCGGCGGCAGCGGCAACAGCUUUGGUGAGCGACGCGGCGGCUUCUCAGACCGAGGAGACCGAGGAGAUCGCGGAGAUCGAGGUUCGCGCUUCUAAGCGGAUUCAUUUCGUUAUGGUCUGACAGGGUACCGCGACCACGAAGAUGCUCACAAAGACGAGCCCUGAUUGCUGUGGAGAACAUCGGAUUCAUCAUGCAGCAGGUUCUUACGAGGUCAGUCGCUGGCUCUGGAUGCAGCCCUUCCACUCAAUCAGACCUUUCUACUAUUGUCCUUGGACUUCCCCGUACGAAAGUUGCGGUUCUUGAAAACCUCUAUGGCACCCAUCCUCAGGAUUGAGGGAAAAUUUAUGCACGGCAAUCACGAGGACGAAACAGUGGCUGGCAUCAUAUGUUACGCCACGUGUAGGAUACUGUAUAUUGAGCACCUUCUUCAGUCUUGUGUCUGACCAUCAACUUUUGUUACGGUUUGAGAACUCAUGUAUGUUAUAUAAUGGCGUGGAGGAGUUCUAGAUUGAAAAGCGAGGGAAAGGGAGUUUAGAAGGGAAG